AUGUUUGCCUCGCUGCUCAAAAGUACUUCUUUCGCGACGUCUUCGUUCUCGCCGAGAAGACGACAUCAUCAUCAUAAAAAACAAGCGCUUCGGAUUCGCCACCUGUCAGCAGCCGCCAACGACGACGACGACGACGAUUUCCCGAACGACAACAACGAGUUCGAUUACGACGUCGUCUCGGUCCCGAGAAACCCGGGGAUUAAAUCCGGAAAGUGGAACCAAAACGACAUGGAAAUUGUGAAAACGGCGCAAAAAGACGCGAACGAGAAAGCGUCGGGGACUUCCUCGCUCCUCGCUCCGUCGAACGAUUUGACUUUAUUGGGCUUAACGGAAAACGAAUUGAAAGUCUUCGCCGAGCGCAACGGGACGCAAAAGUUUCGAGGGAAACAAAUCAAAGAUUUCAUAUACAAACACCGAGUGAAAUCAAUCAUGGAGAUGACGCAGUUACCGAAAGACUUACGAGAGAGUUGGGAUGGGCUCGGAGUGACGAUUGGGAGGAACGAGGUGUACGCGAAGAAAUCCGCGCCGGACGGGACGACGAAACUGUUGAUGAAGUUGGACGAUAACAGGAUCGUCGAGACGGUUGGGAUUCCGAGUAACGAGUACGGAAAGAGUCGUUUGACGUGUUGCGUGAGCAGUCAGGUUGGAUGUCCGAUGAGAUGCGAAUUUUGCGCGACUGGGAAAGGUGGAUUUUAUAGAAAUUUGACCGCGAGGGAGAUUGUCGAUCAGGUUAUGGCCAUCGAGGAGGAGUUUGGCGGGAGGAGGGUGAGUAAUGUCGUGUUCAUGGGGAUGGGAGAGCCUAUGUUGAACGUGCCAAACGUGGUUAAAGCGACGGAACUUUUGAACAAAGAGAUUGGGAUUGGGAUGCGACACAUAUCGAUAUCGACCGUGGGUGUUUUUGGCGCUUUGGAGAAACUGGCGAGUUACGAGAUGCAGUGCGUGUUGGCGGUGAGUUUACACGCGCCGAAUCAAAAAAUCAGGGAGGAAAUCAUCCCAAGCGCGAGAGCGUAUUCGUUCGAUGAUAUUUUGAAUGAUUGCGUGGCGUAUUUUAACGCCACUGGGAGGAGAGUUACGUUUGAAUACACGCUGUUAGCCGGCGUGAACGAUCAAAAAGAACACGCCAAAGAGUUGGCUCAGGUGUUGUUUAAGAAGAACUUAGCCAGUCACGUGAAUUUGAUUCCGUAUAAUCCGGUAGAUGAUUCCGAUUUCAAAAGGCCAACGAAACAAGCGAUCGAUCAGUUUCGAAGAAUAUUGGAGGAGAAUAACGUGCCGACGAGUGUGAGACAAACGAGAGGUUUGGAGGCGGCGGCUGCGUGUGGGCAGUUACGAAAUAUGUAUCAAAAGGAAGCGCUGGUUGCGUAA